AUGGCUCUUUUGAAGGUGAAGUUUGACCUGAAGAAGCGGGUAAAGCUGGCCCAGAUGCUAUGGCUCAUGUACUGGUUCUCCAUAAUGGCUGGGGUGCUGGUUCUCAGUUUGGGCCUCUUUUUUAAAAUUGAACUGCGUAAGCGAAGUGAACUUAUGGACAACAAUGAAAGCCACUUUGUGCCCAACCUGCUUAUAGGAGUAGGACUGUUGGCCUGUGGUAUCAAUGCCUUUGGUGGCAAGAUCUGCUAUGAUUCAUUGGAUUCCUCCAAGUUUGCCAAGUGGAAGACAGUGAUGAAGCCCUUCCUUAUCUGUUGUUUGCUUUUCAAUGCUCUCCUCUUCUUUACGGCACUUUUAUGCUUCACCAUGCGCAUCCCUCUGCAGUUUACGCUGGCAGAAGGCCUGAAGAAUGGCAUGAAGUAUUACAAGGACACGGACGUACCCGGCCGCUGCUACAUGAAGAGAACUCUGGAUCUAAUGCAGAUGGAGUUUCGUUGUUGCGGCAACAAUAACUACAAAGACUGGUUUGAGAUCCAGUGGGUUAGCAAUCGUUACCUGGACUUCAGCUCUAAAGAGGUCAAAGACCGAAUUAGCAGCAAUGUAGAUGGACAAUACUUGUUGGAUGGAGUCCCGUUCAGCUGCUGCAAUCCCAGCUCCCCAAGGCCCUGCAUCCAGUACCAAGUGACCAACAACUCAGCCCACUACAGCUAUGAGCACCAAACGGAGGACCUGAACAUCUGGAAGCGUGGCUGCAGGGAAGCUCUAGUUUCCUACUAUGGAGGACUGAUGAACACUAUUGGUGUACUGGUGCUGUUGGUUACUAUCCUAGAGGUUGCUGUGAUGGUGGGACUACAGUAUGUAAAUACUUCUCUUUCCACACUGGUCAACCCAGAGGACCCUGAGAGCGAAAGUGAGGGAUGGAUCCUGGAGAAAACUGUCAAGGAAACCUUCACUGAUAUCAUGGCCAAAAUGAAAGCCAUGGGCAAAGGCAAUCAGGUAGAGGAAGGGGCAGACGAGCAGGCUGUUGCUACGGUGAGCUGA